AUGCUACCCCGAAGCCUCUAUCUGUUGGAAAUGCUGUCCCCCGCGGCGCCGGCCGGACGACUCGCUUUUGCUUUCAACGUCCCUGCCUGGUCUUACAACCUUCUGAGGCCCGCUGCCUUUUCGCUAAGUAUCCCGGGUAUCAUGGCCGACCUGUGGGAUUCUGUUCUCCGUGCCGUACCCAAAAAGAAAACCUCGCAUAUGAAAAAGCGUCAUCGGCAAAUGGCCGGCAAGGCCUUGAAGGACGUCAAGAGUCUCAGCACAUGUUCCGGAUGCGGUCAAGUGAAGCGCUCGCAUGUUCUGUGUCCUCAUUGCGUCGAAACGCAUCCCAUUGAUAUUUUCGCACUGGCUGUGACUGACAGGCAGGUCUUAUCGGCUUCGGGUGCUUCUUCUCUCAAGGUUCAUUCAACCACAGGUGCCGAUUUUCCUUUGGUACAGUCCCUUGACGGCGCCCAUAAAGUCGGGUGUCAUCAUGUGGUAACCAACGGAAAAGGCUCGAGAGCAGCCAGUAUUGGCUUCGGUGGUGAUAUUCUUGUGUGGUCCUGUCGUGAUGACAUCUGGUCCAAAGAUGAGGCAGCCUCCAUAAAUAAUGCAAAAACUGUGGACGUCUGGGCCAUUGUUUUGUCGCAGGAUGGACAGUAUCUUGCUGGCGUCACUCAAAACGGACACAUCAAAGUGUGGGACCUUGACGCUAAAGGCGAAGAGAUCCGAGACUAUGAAACAAAAGGUAGCUUCGGCACCUGUAUUGAUCUGUCUAUGGAUGGCCGCUUGAUAGCUAGCGGACAUGAAAAUGGCAGUGUCUACAUUUUCAGUACAGAUACGGGACGUAUGCCAUUCAGCUUAUGUGGCCUGGUGAAUCCUGCACGAGCCGUUGCAUUUUCCCCUGGGGGGAAAUUACUCGCUGCUGCUGGUGACUCCAAGGUUAUCAUACUCUAUGACACCUCCUCUGGCGAGCAAGUGGCUAAUCUCGCGGGACAUUCUGCCUGGAUCAUGUCGCUUUCAUGGAGCCACACAGGAGAAUACCUCCUCAGCGGAUCAUUCGAUGGAAAGGUCAAGGUUUGGUCAAUCGACACCCGAACAUGUGUCGCAACCCACUCUGAAACAGAGAAAGCCCUCUGGAGCGUGAAGUGGCUGCCAAAGGUCGGCAGAUCAGAGGGAUUUGCUACGGCUGGGGCGAACCGGAGCAUAUCAUUUUACCGCGAAGCCACUGGCGGUUGA